AUGAACGCUCAAAAUAUCAUCUCCGCUCUGUCUGAGUUACUUAAUAAUAAUCUUUCUAUUAGUACGUCAUCUUCGGUGACAGUGCCAGAGCGUCAAAUGGCUGAACAUUUAGCUGAUACAAUACGAUUAGUGUCACAAUCUCAACGAGUUUAUUACGAGGAGGAAACUACUAUCGACAUCGGCGAGGAGUCUAAUGAAGAUGAAAGUGAUGAAGACGAAGACAAAUUUGGUGAAGAUAAGGAUACUGAAAACAGAGAUCCGGACUGGAGCGACGAAAGUCUUGCACGGGAAAAGUUUGGUUUAAAAGAAUAUUCUGAGGACUUUAUGCGUGAAGUUAUUGACUAUGUUGAUGGGACCAAUAAGUUUGGCGGCAAACGUCGUCGGUCAUGGAAAUCGAUACAUAAUCGAUUUAAAAGUAUACCAAGUCAGAACUACAUCAAAUCGAUGUCUUCUAUACAUAUAAUAAUAUCAGGUGCAUCUUCCGUUGGAAAAUCAACACUUGUCGACGAAUGUUUACGAAAAUUUCGUCAAGAUAAAAAAUUAAAAAAUAAACAAUUUAAACGUAUUCAAGAGGUAGCACAAAAAAUAAUUUAUGAACAAAGUUUAUAUUUUGAUAAAGAAAAAGAUAAUAAUUAUUUAUCAGAUCGAUCUGGUUUUGAUGCAUUAGCAUAUAUUCAUUAUUAUUUUAAAAAUGAACAAAAAGUUAAUUCAAUUUUUCGAAGUGAACUAUUUCAAUCAUUAAUCAAUCAGUGUCAAAAUGGUUUAAUAUUUAUCAUUCAACCACAAGAAGAUUUACAAGCACAAAAUGAUAAUUUAAGAAUAGUACCAAAUUAUCAAGAUCAAAUGGAAUAUACAGACUCUUUAAAAUAUUGGUAUAGAAAUGCACAUUUACCUUAUUUUGUUUUAGCUGAUCUUGAUUUAACAAAACGUGUUGGAUUUAUUGAAAAACAUAUAAAUGGUUAUUUUCAUUGGUUAUCCCCAGCAAUUCCAAUUCCAUUAUAUUUACCAUAUCAUUUAAAUAAACAAUAA